AUGAGUAUUUUUCAAGAGGUUCGUAAAUUAGUAGAUGAUGCAACUUGGCGAUAUAAAGUAUAUGAUGGAUUUGAUGUUACACCUACUGAUACAUUCAAACAAAUCAUCUCCAAGGUAUUUUUACCCGUCGAAAAUGUUUGGAGAACAGCCAGUUAUUGUAAUCUACGCGAAAUGUAUCAACCAAAUCUGGGUGAAUAUCGUCAAUCGAAAAGUUUUUCUUCAUUAGCACCAAGCAAUGGGAUGCCAUAUGAGUGA